AUGCAAAUGUUUUGUAUACUCGAACGCUGUAGCGACACUGCUGGAAAAGCAGCCAAAUGCUACAGCAGACAAGUGUAUUCCAAACCAGCCAGUCUAAUCAAUAAUCAUACAGACAACUGUUGGUCUGCUGCUGAAGUCUUAGUUUCUAGUCAGAACACUGAAGAUGCCCAGGUACCUGAACACAGUAUCCUCCAUAAACUUCAGACUGAUAAUACACUGUCCAAUUACCAAGCAAAUAUUCACACAGGAAAUCAGCAUAACUUUGUAGAGGACGCCUCUCAAAUCUGUGACACUAACUUUGAACUUUAUCCAGGUGAAACUCUAAUCCCAGCUGAUGAGUUUUCUGAUGAUGCCCUUGAGUAUCUGGAAUGUUCUGAUGUGAUGACAGAUCUUACAAAUGAAAAAAAAUUUUUAUUAGAAAGUGAUGAUGAAGAGGAUAUAAAGCCGAGUAAGGAUUGUGAUGGGGGUGAUUAUUUCCUCAGUGGAAUGCCUUGCCGGUUUGAAGUGUCAGAUAACGCUGUGCCUAUGGAUACCACCAUUGGCUUCUGUGGUCAUCACUCAAAAUCCGAAGAAGUAGCUGUAAGGAGAGAUCUCUCCACAUACAGUCAGUCAACCUUGCAAACAGGGAUGACUCUUACUGUUGGGCACCACCAAGAUAAAACUACCACAAUGAAAGACAAGGGGAAAUACAAAUUGCCCGUCGCUUCUACAGCGAUGGAAAAUGAUUAUCCUAGAAUUGAAGAAAACAAUACAAAUGACCACUCAGCGGCAGAUUUCUCUAUUGACGAAUCACAGAACAUGGAUUUCGUACUUGCAGGAGUGGAGUCCUCCUCUUGUGGCUUAGAUAGUUCUCUGACAAAUCAAGCCUCGGAGACAAUGAUAGCAAAUAAGCUAAGUGAUGGCCAAGGGAACAGAGGAAACACAUGUGGUGCUCAUGAGAACAGUGAUACAGAUACCGUCUAUGAUGAACCAUGUAAUGAAUAUCUGCCCAAAGCAAAUUGCUGUGCAAUUCUGGGAUCUGUGGAACCUCAGUGUAGAGACUCUGAUUCAUCGUCAGCACAUGACAAGCUAUUGAAACCUCUUUAUGAAGAGGAUUCAGACGACCACCUCGCAUGGGAAAAUAGGAAGCUUGAGAGCUUAGAAAUCAGUCCUGCAGUUGUCAAAGCCACAGCAGUGAACUUUGUCGGAGAGGCCAGUACUGAACAUUCUGUUGCAGUAAAUAUAACAGAAGACAAUGAAGCUGUCACAGCACUGGCAACUGGGCGAAGAGCAGCAAUGGAGGGUUGCAGUGAUUCUGAUAGCCUACUAAAAACAGAUGAAGCGUGUAGCGGCACAGCCAUAAGAAACACUUCUCUCAGACAAACUGGAGAAACAGAUGGUAUGUGCCUGGGCUCUAGCACUGGAAAUAAAAUAGAAGAACCAUCCACCCAUGUUUUAACAAAUGAUAUCUUAAAUGCCGAGGAGUGGUUGGAGGAGAAGCCAAACAAAACAUUAACCGAUGAUAAUGGAUCUAUUCAAAUGACUGCUGCCCAGGAAGGAAAGCUUGCUUCUAAUAAUUCUUUCCAAUCUCAUGAUGCAGAAUCUCCUCCCAGAUUAAUAAAGGCUCAAAGUAAUCAUUUAGAACAAGACCAAGAACACCUAACUUACAUACCAGAUAGUUACAUUCGUCAAUUACCUUAUACGGAACAGAAUAUACAUUUAAUAAAUGAUCAGAUAAUUAAAUGUAUAGAUGAACUAGCUACUAAAGACUCUCCUGUUAUGCAGAGCUAUCCAGAAAUAAAAGAUUGUGUUUAUCUCCCUGAUCUUGUACAAAAAGAAGAUUUAUCCAGUAAUUCCUCCUGUGAAACUAUCAAUCAACUUACAGGUGAAAAAUACUCGUCUAUUAAAGAAGUCAAUAAACGUUCUGACGAGAAUUUUCAGGAAAAAGGAAAUGAAUCAGACCUGAAUGCACAAAAUGACAGUAACUGUAGCACUUACCAUCUUUCAAGAGAUAAUGACAGUAAAGAUUUCCAAAGUGUUUCUGAUGCACAGGACUGCAGUUACAUUAUACAGCUACAUAAUUUAAUAAGGAGUCCUGAAACUGUAACGUAUGAGGACAGACCGAAAAAUCCAGAUCAAGACAACAAUAAGACAGAGAUAGGUGUGCAGCAGGUGGUGUUCAAGGCAUUGUCUGAGGAGCAGUUUUUAACUGAAAUUUUAUUAGAAAAACCAAGAGAUGAAGAAAACAAAAUGGGUAGAGAAAAGAGAGAUCUUGGAAUAGAUGAGGUACAAAAUAUUGCAACUUUAGAUGUCCCGGGAUUGGACAGCAUUUCAGAAAUUCAGCCUUUAGAUUCUCAGCACAGAGCAUCAGAAGGAAAUGAAAUUAUCCUUGACCAUGGUUGCAAGAUGGGGAGAAAGUUAAGAAUGGACUCUUCAGCAGGUUCCACUUAUGAAUCUGGGCCGGUGGCACCAUUUAGCUUCUUUCAGCCUAUAACAUGUGUUGGGAAUGAAAAUAAUAGUACUGCAAGUCAAGACUGUAAAGAUGUUGGUGACAAGGUGGAUAGUUCCAUCCUUUGCACCCAACAUACGAACUUACGAGAAACUUUAUCUGUCUCUUUAGAACCUAUGAGCCAAACAGAAGGAUCCAGUAUCAACACACUGGCAAAGGGAUACUCCAGGGUAGAAAGCCUAGUGCAGUCUGAAUCCACACAAAUGGUAAUUAAGGGGAAUGAAAAUUUGAACAAGUUGGGAACUACACCUGAACUAUUGCAGUGUCAAUGCCCUAGAACAGCUGAAGAAAACAAGGAUGAAACCAUCUUGUGUGAAAAGAAAACAGAACAAAUUCAAGAAGCCAUUGAAUAUAGCCUAGGUGAAGGUGAAGUGGAGCCUUAUAUGCGUGCCUUGAUUACUCCAGAGGAAGAAGAACAUAUUACAAGUUAUUGUACUGGACAGUCCAAUCCAUCCCUGACUCCUUCCACUCAGCAAAUUGGAACACCCUGUAAUACAUAUGGGAGUGGAAAUACAACUAACUCUACUGAACAUCAUAAAACCAGACAAUUCACGGCUGGCAGGAGUCAAAACAUGAUUGCAUCAGACCGUGUAACAGGGGGUUUAGUUAGCCUCCCAACAUAUGCCUCAGAGAACAGCCAACAUUUCCAGGAGGAGCGGCCACAGAGCAAAUCUCAGCAGUGCUCUUUAGCAUUGACCGCAGCUGAUCCACUCACACUAAGAGAAGAGAGGACAAAAACACAAGAAGGGUCAAAACCCCGCAAGCCCUUGCUUGUUGGGCCUGAGGACAUUAAGUGUCAGCAAGAAACAGCAAACAGUGGACAUUCGGCUGAUGGGGGUAAGAAGAAAAUGAUGUCAAAGGUGCUGUCUAAGAAACCCCGACUAGAAGCAAAGGAAAACCUCAGCAAGAACUCCAGUUGCAUUAAAAAUGCCCUGAAAGCUAAUGCAGGCAUAAUUCAGAGGAAAGAGAGGGAAGAGCAAAGAAAACUACCUGCUAAAAAACCCAGCAAAGCCCCCAAGUUACUGAAGAAAAUCCAUGCUGAGCUGUUCCCUGAUUGUUCUGGAAAUAUUAAAUUAUGCUGUCAGUUUGGGGAAAUUCAUGAAGACUCCACCGUUACAUGGAUUAAAGAUUCAAAGUUACUAGCUCAAGUGAAUAGAAGUGCAGGGGAUGAUUCGCCCGUGUCUUUGGCAAUAGUUCAAACUAGCAUAAAAGACCAGGGAUUGUAUUAUUGCUGCUUGAAGAAUGUUUAUGGAAAGGUGACUGCUGAAUUUAACCUGACCUCAGAAGUAUUGAAACAUCUUUCAAGUUAUCAGGAUAUUGAAGGUUUGGAAGAGAUUGAAUUCAUUCAGCUCAUAUUCAGAGAAGACUUCCUCAGUGAUAGCUAUUUCGGUGGCAACCUGCAUGGAAGAAUAGUAACGGAAGAGUUACACUUUGGCGAAGGGGUGCACCGGAAAGCAUUUCGAAGUAAAGUGAUGCAAGGCCUAGUGCCUAUAUUCAGCCCCGGUCAUCCCUGUGUUCUUAAAGUGCACACUGCUAUUUCAUAUGGGACCAAAACCAAGGAUGAACUUGUUCAGAAGAACUACAAACUGGCAAUGCAGGAAUGCUAUGUUCAAAAUACUGCAAGAGAGUACGCCAAGAUAUAUGCAGCAGAAGCAGAAUCUUUGGAAGGCUUUGGAGAAGUGCCAGAGAUCAUUCCUAUUUUCCUUGUUCAUCGUCCUGAGAAUAAUAUCCCUUAUGCAACCGUGGAAGAGGAACUGAUUGGAGAAUUUGUGAAGUAUUCUGUCCGGGAUGGCAAGGAAAUAAAUUUCAUGAGAAAAGACUCAGAAGCUGGUCAGAAGUGUUGCACCUUCCAGCACUGGCUGUACGAGAAAACCAAUGGAAAUUUGCUGGUUACAGAUUUUCAAGGUGUAGGAAUGAAGUUAACUGACGUUGGCAUAGCAACAUUGGCCAAAGGAUACAAAGGGUUUAAAGGCAACUGUGCCAUUUCCUUCAUUGAUCAGUUUAAAGCCCUCCACCAGUGCAAUAAGUACUGCGAGAUGUUGGGGUUGAACUCUCUCCAAGGCAGACAUCAAAAACAGAGGAAACCAACAGCCAUGAAAAGCAAAGUCCCUCCAAACUCACCAAAAGUACAGAAAAGAGUGGCCAGCACACAGGCAGCCAAGCCUGUCUUCAAAGCACCCAGUAACACUGCACCACUUCGCACAAGCUCCUCUCUAGAAAUGAACAGGUACCGAAGGACAUGACUGUGGCGUUAGACUGAGCCUUCUGCAUUAUACCAACAUUUGGAAGCUGUUCUUUGAUAACAACAGCCAGGAAACCAGCUGCAUCUGUGGCCUAGCAGGCUACAAUUCAAAAGCAAAGGAAAGUUUUCAAAGCCAAACAAAGCUAUCUGCCUCGAUUAACUUUCAAGUAUUUUUACAUAUGUCAUAUCUGUGUAUGUUUGUGUAUUUGCACACUCUGUGUCUUGGUCUUUGUGCAGGAGAUGGGUCACUGGAGCAUUUCUGUCCUCCAUUCGCAACUGCUAGAUCUCUACGCCAGCGAUACUGUGGCAUUCAGCAGCUAUGUAAAAAUAAAACUACUUAAGCCACCACUUAGUAAAGGUUUUGGACUAGAGCUCGAUACUGGCACUGGGGUCAAGGAUGUACGAGAAUAAUUGCUUUAUUUCCUAACUCUUUGCACAGUUUUAAUCCUUACUAUACUCGUAUGUCUUGUACUUUUGCCAAUUAAAUUUCUUUUAAAAUAAGCAUAAGCCACAUGGGUAUUUGGACCAUUAUACACACCUGUUCUCUGGACAAGCUCAAGGAUUUAGCUGCCACCUAUGUAGCUUUCCUCCGAAAGUUCAGUCACCUAGUUGGAAAAAUCCUAAAACUGGGCAUCACCUGGGACUUUCUUAUCCACAG